UGCAUUUCCUUGUUGUGUGUGUACUGUGGGAAUGACCAAGAUAUAGUGGAGAAUGUAGGGUCCAGAGAGACCGAUAUAGUGAAUGCAGGGAGACCGGAUAUAGUGAAUGCAGGGUCCAAGGAGACCGGAUAUAGUGAAUGCAGGGUCCGGGGAGACCAGAUAUAGUGAAUGCAGGGUCCAGGGAGACCAGAUAUAGUGAAUGCAGGGUCCAGGGAGAGCAGAUAUAGUGAAUGCGGGGUCCAAGGAGACCGGAUAUAGUGAAUGCAGGGUCCAAGGAGACCGGAUAUAGUGAAUGCAGGGUCCGGGGAGACCAGAUAUAGUGAAUGCAGGGUCCGGGGAGACCAGAUAUAAUGAAUGCAGGGUCCAAGGAGACCGGAUAUAGUGAAUGCAGGGUCCGGGGAGA